AUGGAGAGCGAGGACUACACUCUCGAAAGCGAGGAGUGCGGGAAGAUCCUCGAGAGCUGCGAGUCCGCUAUUGAACAAUUCCAGGCCAGCUCCAGACUUACCAUAUCAGAUGAUUUGAAAGUUGGCUUUUUCAGCACAGACCAUGCUACUCAAACGGAUUCCAGUGAAAUUUUGCCAUUAAAAGAGUUAAGCUCAUCUACACAAAAGCUAAUGCAGAUAAUUAAAUCCCUUCAGGUAGAUUUUGGCUUCCUGAAACAAUUGGUUCAAUUGAAGUUUGAGGACCGUCUUAAAGAGGAGUCUUUCAAUCUCUUUACUGCUCUGAAUGACAGGAUCCUAAUAAUCGAAAAACAUUAUCAACAGAAUGAGGAUACCAUAAGAAAAUGCUACAAUCAGCAGUUGGCAGAUGCCAUAGCUGUUAUCAGAGGAAUAUACAAGGAAUUCUUUGAGGUGGAAGAAGAGACAACUUCUGUGCAUGACUCAGCUACUGCCAAAAUAAAUAUUUUGUUAAAAAAACUGAAGAGCAAGGAAGAAUUGAUUAAGGAAUUAAGAGAAGAAAUAGAAAAAUAUGAAGAACUUGGAUUUCAAAAAUUUGACUCUUUGGCCAUAGAGACCAGCUCUGCAAAAUCAACUCCAGAAAAGGAAACUUUAGACUACAGAGUGGAAAAUGAGAGACUGCUUCAAGUCAUUUUGGAACUUGAAGAUGAAAUCCAACUCAAUCUAAAAGAAAAUUCAGUAUUAGAAGAUGAAAUUAUAAGUCUGAAAGAGAAGGCAGAAAAGGAUCAUAGAACCAUUCAAAAGUUAAAGGAUGGUAGAGACAAAUUAAGGCUUGAGCUUGAUGCUGAAAAGUCAUUAGUUCAAGAAAUGAUUAAUAAACAUAAAGAAGAAAUGGAAAUGAGAAGAAAGCUAGACAGCCAAAAUAUCAAGAGCUCGAGAUCAGCCGAUGGAAAAGGGGCCACUUUAUUUCCAUGGCCCUCACAACCCAGGAUUCCAUCCAGGACUGGAACCGUUUUGAAGCCGCAUUCUGCCUCCAUCAGUUCAUUGCAUGUGAAGACCAAAGGAGUUAAGGCACCAACGAAGUCUUUACAGCAAGAGCGCCCUGUGGUUGAAGACAAACGUGUUUUGGAGAAAGAAAUAGAAAUAUUAAAGGCUAGCUUAGAGAAUGAGAAAAAAAAGGCAGAAAGGUUUAAAAGGGAAUCAGAACGGAUAAGCAAAAUCUGGGAAAAGAAAUUCAUUAUUCUCAGGAACAGCUUUCAUGUCCUUAAGAAUGAGAUGUUUACCAGGCACACAUUGUAUCGUCAAUUUGCAGUGCUUGCCGAUACAUCCUUCAAUUAUGUUAAAGUAAAACCUUUAUUGGUGCAGUCUAAAUUAAACUUGGUAAUGGAUUCUACAUCUUCUGGAAGUGAUGUUCAUACAUCUUCAAUAAUAUCUGUUGCAGAGGUGCCCGCCCUGGGUACGAAGGCCUCGUUCAGCGGUCGCAGCGCUGGUUACCUCCUGGGCUGGCAUUUAGAUUAUGGUAAGGCUCAGACUGGCCUCUAUAAGACACAGCCACGACCUUUUAAAGGGCCACCCAGCAUGAGCUACAACAAUCUCCAGAUGGCUGCUACUUGUGCUAAUCUUGAAGGUUUCCAGACAAAGCCAAACGGUGAUCUAAAGCUGGCUGCUGCUAGUGCUGUGCUUUCAGUCACUGUGCUUUUUGUGGUCCAGGUUCCAGAGGGGGAACUCUCACCAGAAGGUCAUUUACAGGCACCUGGAACCAUUUCCACAGUCUGGAGCAGCAAGAAAACCGUCUCAGAAGCCAACUCGACUAACAGUGAUGCGCUAGCACUGAUGCACAGAGCUAAGGGUGAGGAGUGGUUUAUGUAUCGUAAUUAA